CGUAUGGUGACAUCAACUCUCUCGGUAGAUGUUCGAUCUGUAAGAAUAAUUUAUCGACGAGGGCCCUAUCCUGCAUUCACUUUACCCCUACCUCUCCACGCCUAAUUCGUAAUGAGGCCCUCGAUUCUGAUUGUUCAUGGCGGCUGGCAUGUUCCACAGAGCUAUGUCAAGCUUGUCGCUGCCCUUGAAUCUCUUGGAUUUGAAGUUCACAUCCCGCGCCUCCCUUCUGUAGACAAUGUCCGUCCACCUAAAGGCGACCUGUCCGACGAUACCAAGAUUAUUCGCAGCUUUGCCGAGAAUCUUUUGAAGGAGGGGAAGACUAUCAUUGCUCUUCUCCACUCCUACGGUGGUCAUGUUGGUUCCAAUGCGUUGUACGGGCUGGGGCUUGAGGCCAGGUCCGCUCAAGGGCUGCCGGGCGGUAUCUCUCAUCUCAUAUACCUAGCAGGACAUAUACUUCCAGAAGGGACGUCAAUGAUCGACAAGAUACGAGAAUUCGGACAUGAAGGCUUUAUCCCAAUCAACUUCGACAUCGACGAGGACAACAGUUGUUUACACCGGUAUCCUAAAGCAGUCGUUGUGAACGCACAGCCUGGCGAGGUAGACGAGAAGGAGCUUGACGAAUACGUCAACACCUUCGAGCGCUGGAAUAUUCAAUGCAUACACCAAAUUGCUGAGCAUGGGGCGUGGCGUGAAAUUCCUGUAUCGUACGUUUAUACGAGCCAUGAUCUAGUGGUAGCUGCUUCUUACCAAAAACACUUCGUCGAAACCUUGGAAAAGGAGGGCUAUAAGGUUCAGUCAUUCGAGCUGACGACUGGCCACUGUCCUAACUUGACUGCUGUCGAAGGCGUAGUGGACGUGGUUAAGAAGGUAUACGAGGAUCAGUAAUGACGGAUUACUUCAUAACAUACUCGAAGCUGCGAAUACAUGUUCUCUGUUACCCUACCAAUGAUUAUUUAGUCUCUCCGAGUAA